UUCUUAAAUUGGUGACUUCGUGUUGCUUGGCGGGCAAGUGGCGGCGGCAUGGGUUAGCUGACCUGGCGAGGCCAGCAGGGGGAGUUAGUGAGGCUUUAAAGGCAGCUUGAGUGGAGAUCGGCACAACAGUGUGCCACUGUGGCUUGAUUCGUCGGAGGCGUCAAAUCAAACGAAAAUCAAAAGUAACAACUGCCCCAGUAUUUAACUCUACCAACGCAUCACAGCAAGUUAACUGGACUCUUUGACAGCAUUGCAGUGUCAGGAAUACCUCGCCAGUCGACAAACGUGCACUGCCCCGCAAGGUUACCGAAGUGCAGUGAAAGAAAGAAAAGAAACCAAGGAGAGAGAAGUGCUCAAGAUGAAUCCACAUCAACCAUUUUUACAUGGCACAGUUCUGCAUCUACUUACAUGAAAUAAUUCAUGCGGUGUUAGUGGGAAGUGUGGCUUCGGCUGUAUCUUUAGGGUAAAUGCCCGUUUUCGUUGUUGGGUAAAGCGAAAUAUUGCCCUUUGCAGAGAGAUUCCUAGGCGAUAAUUGGAAAGCAUCCGUAUCCGGACAAGAAGAACAAGAAGAAUUGUAUGUCUAAUACACCAGUCACUUGAGUUAAUACUUUGAUCAAACAUAAGAUCCUGUUGAUAUUCACAACGAAAUGGGAAAAGGUCCCACUACGAUCCUGUAAGCAUGUUUCCACUACACAGAGAAAGGGAGCAGCCAAUCUUCAGCGCGAGAGCUCAUGUGUUCCAGAUUGAUCCGGCCACCAAGCGCAACUGGAUCCCUGCCAGCAAGCAUGCCGUUACCGUCUCCUUUUUUUACGAUGCCAAUCGGAAUGUGUACCGCAUCAUCAGUGUGGGCGGGACUAAGGCGAUUAUCAACAGCACCAUCUCACCCAACAUGAGCUUCACUAAAACCUCCCAGAAGUUUGGCCAGUGGGCUGAUAGCCGAGCCAACACCGUCUACGGCCUAGGCUUUGCCACCGAGCAGCAGCUUCAUCAGUUUUCAGAGCGCUUCAAUGAGGUGAAGGACGGUGCCCGCUUGGCAAGAGAAAAGUCCCAGGAAAAGAUGGAAAUGAAUAACCCUGGCCUGAGCAUUGCUGCCCCUCAGUUCUCACAGGACUUGUGUGACGAGCUGCAGUCUCCUCCAGUGAUGUGUGCCAACGGCCCCGAAGACAAGCUGUUCCGCAGCCAGAGCGCUGACAUCACACUCAACUCUGAGAAGGAGCGCAUCAAGAAGAUGCUGUCUGAAGGGUCAAUCUGUGAGAUGAACCUGGAGACCGAGCUGUUCACCCUGCAGGACAGCAAUGCUAAACUGGUGGCAGCGCUGCAUGAAGCUAAUGCUAAUGUGGAACAAUGGAAGAAGCAGCUCGUCGCCUACCAGGACGAGACAGAGAGACUGCGAGACCAGGUGGCAGACCUGGAAGCCCACGGGGGGCACGGGCCCAGCGAUAUGCUGAAGGAUGAGUUGACUCAGUCGCUGGAGGAGUUGGAGGCUUUGCUGAAAGCCAAAGAUGAGGAAAUCUGUAUACUGCAGGCCAAGAAAUCAGAUUUCCAUGAAAUGGAACAGGAGAGAGAAGAGGCCAUACACAGAAUACAGGAACUGGAAAUGCGCAACGUGGAGCUGGAACGCAGAGUGCAGGGUGCCGAACAGUCCUUGGCCAACUCUUUGGAGGAGAGGGACCGUAUCGAGAGCGAGGUGCACAGGGUGGUUGAAAUCCUGGAUGUCAAGAUAUUUGAUCUGAAUGACCUGAGACAGAGCCUGGUCAAACUUAUUGACAAGUAGAGUCAGGGAGGAGAGCUUGUUUGGUGCAGCUUUGGACUAACGUGACAAAACAGGGUAAAUGAUGAGCAGUUACAAAAGCAAGGAACAGAAAGAGAGUACAGUAUAUUAUGGAGGCAAAGUACCUGAGCCGCACUAUGGACAAAAGGGCUCAGGUAAGAGAACAGAUUGUGCUUUGUGCUUUUCAACACACGAUGGGCCUGAUAUAUUACUAGAUUACUAAACAGUAUUUCUGAGCUUGACAUGCACUGGUUUAAUUUUGCUAAAAAAAAACCCUAGCAAUAAAUUAUUCUUAAUCAUUUAAAAAAAAAUCAAUAAAGAAAAUGCAGUAAUGGUAGGGUAACUGUGGGCACUUUUUGUCUCUCACUAGCCAACUGCAUUGCUGGAGCUACUACACAACAGCUGUUUGGUACCUGUCUACUCUGUCGUUAUUAUUCAUGUUUUCAAGAGGAAUCUUCUAUUUUUGAUACAUUGUGGUGAUGUGUGAAUGGUAAAAGCACACUGAUUUAAGACAAUAUCUCGAAUAAGAUAUGAACUGAUAGCGUGAUCACUUUGGGUCACAUCAAACUGAGCUACGUUGAUAUAUUUACAUACUAUACCAGAGCACUAUGGAUGGCAAAAUAGUACAUAUAUAUGUUCAAGCACGUCUGGUACAUUAAAGGAGUUUACUUGGCAGCAGUAUUUGCAGAUGAAUGAAAAGAGAAUAAAAACUGCAUGAAAUUCAGUUGAGGCAUAGAAUCACAAACUAUACAAUAACCAAUUCAAGAUGUGAUCAAGUCAAAAUAUUUCCAUUUAGUAAGAUCCUGUUGCAAACAGCUAAUGCUGAAGCACACAGUUAGGAACAAAUAAAUCACUUUAGCGUUGCAUCACGGCAGUCUCAGAAACGAAGAUGAACAUACCAAAGACCUGCUGUCCAGAGUGAAAGUUUUAAAACACUAAUUAGAGGCAUGGUAGUGAAAAUUUAGGAAAAGUUAACUGAAUAUGUGCAUUCUGACUGCUUCAAAAAUAUAUGCACCCGUAGGAAUUAGCCAAUAAGAGUAUUUCAUCGUAGGAUAUUGCACAGAUUUAGACAGCAUAUUCCAGUUCAUAUACGAUAAGUUUGUGGCCUCUCUUAUGAGGGAGUAUUAAUUACAUCACUAAGGUAUCUAAGCUUGUCUGUCUUGUUCUGUGAUCUUGAAGCUUGACAUUGUCACGUUGUGUGGUGGCUAUCAUCCAUUUGCAGGCUUUCUCACUGGUGUAAACUACAAAUGCAUUUUAGAACAGAACACAGCACUUCUGACUAAGAUGGGCUACAAAGCAGAAUAAAGACAACAUUGUCCUGCCUUUUAAAUAAGAGUGCUUACUUAUAGAAAUACCUGAUCAUCCAAUUGACGCCACAGAAAAAGACUACAUCUGUGGAGAGGUGAAACAUUUUGAGAUUACACAAGUAGCCCAGAGGGUCUGUUGUGAGGAACAGAUACAGGGCAUGAAAUAUUGUUGUCUUGUCUGAGUUCAACACACUGUUAAGGGCAAAAGUCGGUGCAGCAUUUUAUGUCUCAGACAUAUGUCCUUGUACAUUUUUGUCUUACCUUAAAGAAUGUGUGCUGUAUGUAAAAGUUGUCUUGGGCCUUAUAUGAAAGAUUUAAGUACAUACUUUUUGAGGUGUAGAGGUGAUUUGUUUACUUCACUUAGUAAAUGUUUCAUACAUUUGCAAAUAAUACCUUGGUCAGUUUUAAUAGACCAAUAUUUCAAAAGUUGCUGAAUGAUACAAACUGUUCGUACUUUAAAUGACUUCGGUUCAAGGUGUUUGUAAUAUUUCUGCAUAAUUUACCUUAAAAAGCUGGCUAGUUUGACAAAUGGAGUUCAUGCUGAAUAUAUUUCCGUUUCAUAUGGGGAAAGUUGUAGAUUUAAUACAUUUUAAAUGCAGUGCUAAGACAUGCAGAAUAUGUCAUUUAACUGCUAAUUUGGCUGUGUCUGACCUUGAGAAGCCUUUCAUGUUUCUGUAGGAACUGAAAUUAUUCUGACAUUACUACAGUUUGUGCAUCAACAAUUUCUUUGAAUAAAGUGACACAUCUGAAUGCAUUUGAAACAUUUUGUAAAUUGAAUGCCAUGAAUGGUUACACAUAUAACCCUUUUCUAGAUACUUAAAUGAUUUUUACUAUAUCGUUGUGGAACUUCUCACCCCCAUCAAUAUAUAGCAUUCACCUGGUUGUUGUAAUAGCAUCCAUUUUCUGCCAUACCCUAAUCACACAUAGCCUACCUGAAGACGGAAGUGAGCUGGCAGGGACCCAUCCAGUUGGUUGUAAUGGGUACCAUUUAUGGCAGUCAACUGAGAAAGUGCCAACUGUUGCAAUAUUUGUCAGAACUGGAAGGGUUUACAUUCACAUUUGUUCCAUCUCCUGGCCCCACAUUUUUAGGCACACUAAAGACAUACAAUAGUUUGUUUAUGUAGAUGCUGUAAUGUAUAAAUGCUAAAAUGCC